GCUAAGGGAAAUGCAUGCAUAGGCAAGGAAAAAAGCUUCGAAUGAGUGGAUUGUUUAAACACAACCACGUUUUUAUCACAUGCUGACCACUCCUUAAGGGGCCAUUUUGAGAAAAAAAAAAAGCAUGAGACACAUGACUAACCUGUGACCUCAUCCUAGGACGGGUUAUUAAGAUGGCAGACGGUAAGAUGGAACGAAGUUGCGCAAAUUCCUCUACUGAAGAGAAAAUGGAGAAAUCCUUUGAUCCAACUGAAUACCAACAUACAAGAUAUAAUCCUCUUCGUGAUGAUUGGGUUCUCGUGUCUCCUCACCGAAUGAAAAGACCGUGGAAAGGUCAAGUCGAAAAACCUCAAGAGGAGGAGAUUCCUCGCUGGGACCCCAAGAAUCCAUUAUGUCCAAGAACAGUACGUGCUAGUGGAAAGGAAAAUCCAGACUAUGAAAGCACCUAUGUGUUUGAAAAUGACUUCCCUGCCCUGUUACAAGAGGAAGCACCUGCACCAGGUCCUUCUGCUCACCACUUACUGAAAUGUGAACCAGCUCAAGGAACAUGUAGGGUGAUGUGCUUCCAUCCAUGGUCUGAUGUUACUCUUCCUCUUAUGUCUAUUGAUGAAAUCUUGGAAGUCAUUAAAGAAUGGAUCAGACAGUACCAGGAAUUGAGUAAAACCUACCGCUGGGUUCAGAUAUUUGAGAACAAAGGUGCUGUUAUGGGAUGUUCUAAUCCUCAUCCACAUUGCCAGAUCUGGGCAAGUUCCUUUCUGCCAAAUGAAGCAGCAAUAAAGCAUCGGACACAACGAGAAUAUCUAGAGAAACAUAAAAUACCAAUGCUAGUUGAGUAUGCAAGACUGGAGGCGGAACAGAAGGUCCGUAUUGUUGUGGAAAAUAGUGACUGGAUUGUAGUGGUUCCUUAUUGGGCAACUUGGCCUUAUGAAGUUCUGCUGCUUCCAAGAAGACAUGUUCAAAGAUUAUCAGAUCUCACAGAAGAGGAGCAGAAAAAUCUUGCUGAUAUAAUGAAGAGACUACUGACCAAAUAUGACAAUCUUUUUGAAGUUUCUUUUCCUUACUCUAUGGGGUGGCACGGUGCACCAACUGGUAAACAAGACACAGAUUGUAGUCACUGGCAGUUACAUGCACAUUACUACCCUCCUUUGCUUCGUUCAGCCACGGUUAAAAAAUUCAUGGUUGGCUAUGAAAUGUUAGCUCAGAGUCAAAGAGACCUGACUGCAGAGCAGGCAGCAGAGAAGCUUAGAAAUCUUUCUGAAAUUCACUACAAGAAUAGAUGAUAUGCCAAAGGAGUGGUGGUUUAAAAUGAUUUGAUGCAGUCAUAACUCACUGCAUAAAAUUGAUACUUGAAGUUUACAAGAAAGUUCUAGUAUACUGGAGUUUUGUGGAGACUGAAAUGAGUUUUGAACCUUAAUUAAUUAUGAACCUUUGCCCUUAGGAGUAGAAUUUUUUUUCAAAUUUAAAUGCACUUAUAGGGUCAUCAAUAAAAUUGUUUUUGAUGCCCCAUGUAUUGAAGUGUUCUUGUUUGUGAAGUAAGUUUCUGAACAUUUAAUAUCAUUUUUGUGAAGUAUAUUUUAGAACUGUUAAUAAUAAAAUGGAAGAAUGAAUGCACACCUUGUGAAGUGUGUGUCACCACUGAGUGGAAAACA